AUGUCCACACAAGAAAACCUUCUUUUUACAUCAAAGCUCAUCUCCCCCGAAGUUCAAGCAGCGUUACCUAAGGGCUAUACCAUUCGACCCUUAGCUAGUGACGACUAUGAACGCGGUUUCCUUGACGUACUUUCUGUUCUUACUGUGAUAGGAAACAUUACCAAAGCGCAAUUUCUCGGUACAUUGACUGCUCAGACGUGUUCGCUUACUUCCCAUAACCAUGAAUAUUUUACCCUCGUGAUUGUUUCUCCCCAAAAUCGUAUUGUUGGGGCUGGAACAAUAUUCGUUGAACGAAAGUUCAUUAGAAACACCGGACUAGUUGGACACAUUGAAGAUAUUGCUGUUGAUAAAAAUCAACAAGGCAAAAAACUUGGUUUAAGAAUUAUUCAAGCUCUCAAAUACACUGGAGCUAAAACUGGUUGCUAUAAAGUCAUUUUGGAUUGUUCUGAAAAGAAUGUUAAUAACAUAGAUUUCAGAGAAAAGAAGUUGAAAUGGCUUGAAGGUGGUGGUGUAUUUGUAUUUGCUGCGAGAGAUAAAAAUUCAAAAUUAGACAUUAAACAAUCACCGAUUGAAAGGUUUUGGUCACCGAGAGGGCAAAGUGGAAAGUCGACCAACAUCAAUGUCGUUCAUGAAAAUAACUCACACAAUAAUUCCGGGUAUUUGUGGAGGCUAAAAAUGUUUCCUAAUGGCGUAGAUAAGAAAUCGAAUGAUUACAUUUCUCUUUAUCUUGAAGCAAUUCAAACACAUUAUGAGAAACAAAAUAGUAUAACAGGAAGGCACAAGAAAUUUCGACUAGCGCUUUAUCGAGUGGAUUCAAAUAUCCAAACCACGAAACAGAGACCAAUACUUGUGAUAGAUCGUCAUACUUUGGAGACGAAAUUUGAAUUCAAUGGGGUGCACGCAGAUUAUGGAUUUGCAAGAAUUAUCGCUCUUAAAGAAUUAUUCCCAAAUGAUACUACAUUGACCGAAGUAGAUUUAUUAGUCAGAACUCAAAUUUUCGAGGAUACUAUAACACCUGGGGAGGGUUCAAGUUCAAUGGACAUUGUAAGUAAUAUAUCACUUAUGCCCUUUGAAAGAUAUUUCGGUGAAGAAAGAUUUUGUGAUGUUGAAUUCGUAUUUGAUUGUGGUUCAAGCAUGAAAGCUCAUAGGGUCAUUCUCGCAGCACGAUCAAUGUACUUUGAAAGAAUGUUGGGAGGUGAAUGGAUGGAAAAUCAUAUGAAAACCAUCGCCAUCAGAGACAUGCCAUUUGACGCGUUUCGAUGUAUUGUUCACCAUCUUUACACCGGAAAACUUGAAGAGGGAUUGACAUUUGAACUCUUAAGAGAUAUUUAUUCUAAAGCUGAUAUGCUUAGUUUAGAACAACUUGGUCAAAUGGCUGCCAAAAGAAUGGUUAAUUUGAUGACUCAUGAUAAUUGGGAUCAAGUUUUAAUGUUGGGUUGGAAAUUUUAUGAUGAUCGAUUAAAAGAUGCCGGUCAGGAAUUUGCUGUGAAACAUUGGAACGUUAUAAAGGAUUCCGAGAAUAUGAAACAAGUUUUGGCGAGCGGUCACGUUGAUCGAAUCGUUGAGUUAGUCUUACAAAGUUUUUUUACACCGAAUAAUACAAGGAUAG